GUUGCAGGGGGGAUUUGUGAAUUUUCUCUCGGAUUCUCACAAAUUUUCUCGGGAAAAUGUCUUCGAUUGGUCCUGCAAAGACGAUUCUCGAAAUCGCUAAGUUCGGCAUCUACGUCAGUAUUCCGAUCUUCCUCAUGUACACUUUCGCCAACAAUUCCAAGAAUCUUCAGAGAGUCAUGAGAAAUCGUUCCUACAUAGUGUAUCCUAAAGAGAUGGAGAAAAUCCCAUCACCAGAGGAGUUGAUGGAAAUGGCACGAGAGCUACCUCAAAAGAAGAAUAGCCCUAAUGGUUCUUAGGGUUGUAAGUUAUCAAGAACAUAUAUUAUGUAAUAUACAGCUAAAAACAUUGUGGUUCUUAUCUGACUAAUGGAAUAAGUUGUUUUCCUCACG